UUCCCUCCGUCUCUUCCAAACUCCCUCCCCUAAAGUGUUCGCAAGCCGCCUCCCCUUGCUUCUCUCCGUCUUUGCGUAGUCUGGCAGCCAACUCUCUCUUCAUUCGCACCAAAUAACUCGACACUGAUACGGAACUCUUUUUCGGAGUAGCUAGAAUCAAUCAUGACGGUCCUUGCUGAUCCUGUUGUCGAGGACAAAAAUAGGUCCUCUUCCAGCAAGAAAUCGACAAUCGACAUGCAAUUUCUCACUUCUCCGGUGAAAUCUGCUGUUGAUAAGUUCCAACUUCUUCCUGAGUUCUUGAAGGUGAGAGGGUUGGUGAAGCAACAUUUAGAUUCAUUUAAUUAUUUCGUUAAUACCCAAAUAAAGAAGAUUGUACGUGCCAAUGAUCGAAUAACGGCUAGUAGCGAUCCAAGUAUUUACCUCAGGUUUAAAGAUGUUAGAAUUGGUGAGCCAUCAGUUAUUGUGGAUGGUAUUAGUGAAAAACUAACUCCACAUACUUGUCGGCAAUCGGAUGUAACGUAUGCUGCUCCGAUAUACGUUGACAUAGAGUAUAUUCAUGGAAGUCAUGAUCAUAAAGUCAGAAAGAAUAGGAGUGAAAUUACAAUUGGAAGAAUGCCAAUAAUGUUACGGAGUUGCUGCUGUGUUUUAUAUGGAAAGGAUGAAGCUGAACUUGGAAGACUUGGUGAGUGCCCCCUUGAUCCUGGAGGAUACUUUGUCAUCAAGGGAACUGAGAAGGUGCUUCUAAUACAAGAACAACUUUCAAAGAAUAGAAUAAUCAUUGAUACUGAUAGUAAGGGAUGUGUAAAUGCAUCUGUUACAAGCAGCUCUGAGGCAACAAAAACCAAAACAGUUAUUCUUAUGGAAAAAGGGAGGAUACUCUUACAUCUUAAUCAGUUUGCGUCUAAGGUUCCUAUUAUGGUUGUUAUGAAAGCUAUGGGAAUGGAGAGUGAUCAGGAAGUUGUGCAGAUGGUUGGACGGGAUCCUAGAUACAGUGCCUUGCUUCUGCCUUCUAUUGAGGAAUGUGCAGAUAAGGGAAUAUAUACACAACACCAAGCCUUGGAGUUCCUUGAGACAAAGAUGAAGAAACCACUUUUUAGUGCUCCAUCUCAAAAGGAUGGCAGAGCCAUGUUUAUCCUUCGUGAUGUUUUUAUUGCUCAUGUCCCGGUGCUUCGAAAUAAUUUUCGCCCUAAAUGUAUUUACGUUGCUGUAAUGUUGAGACGAAUGUUGGAGGCAACUUUAAAUAAGGAUGCACUGGAUGACAAGGAUUAUGUGGGCAACAAACGCUUGGAGCUAUCUGGUCAGUUAAUUUCUCUUCUUUUUGAGGAUUUGUUCAAGACGAUGAUUAGUGAGGUGAGGAAAACAGCAGAUGCCAUCCUAGCAAAGCCGAGCCGUUCUAGCCCUUUUGACUUUUCCACUUGUCUAAUGAAAGCAUCAGAUAAUGUUACAUUUGGGUUGGAAAGAACGCUUUCCACUGGAAAUUUUGAUAUCAAACGGUUCAGAAUGAGCAGGAAAGGCAUGACACAGGUGUUAGUAAGGCUAUCUUUUAUAGGGUCAUUGGGCAACAUGACAAAAGUUCAACCACAAUUUGAGAAGUCCAGGAAAGUAAGUGGUCCCAGAGCAUUGCAACCCAGCCAGUGGGGCAUGCUUUGUCCUUGCGAUACUCCAGAAGGUGAAGCUUGUGGAUUGGUGAAAAACUUGGCUCUAAUGACUCAUGUUACCACUGAUGAAGAAGAGGGGCCAUUAGUUUCUCUAUGUUACUGUCUAGGUGUUGAAGACUUAGAACUACUUUCUGGGGAAGAGAUUCAUGCGCCAAAUUCAUUUCUGAUCUUUUUUAACGGGCUCAUACUUGGAAAACAUAGGAGGCCACAGUAUUUUGCUAAUGCAUUGAGGAGGCUGCGAAGAGCUGGUAAAGUUGGUGAGUUUGUGUCUGUCUUCGUAAAUGAGAAGCAGCGAUGUGUUUACAUUGCUUCAGAUGGUGGUCGCGUUUGCCGGCCACUUGUUAUUGCUGACAAGGGUAUAUCGAGAAUCAAAGAACACCAUAUGAAGGAGUUGCUGGAUGGAGUCCGCACCUUUGAUGAUUUUGUACGUGAGGGGCUGAUCGAAUAUCUUGAUGUUAAUGAGGAAAACAAUGCUUUGAUAGCUUUAUAUGAGGGUGAGGCCACUUCAGAAACGACACAUAUCGAGAUAGAGCCCUUCACCAUCUUAGGUGUUUGUGCAGGGCUGAUACCUUUUCCUCAUCAUAACCAAUCACCUAGAAAUACAUAUCAGUGUGCUAUGGGAAAGCAAGCUAUGGGGAAUAUAGCAUAUAACCAGCUAUGCCGGAUGGACUCAUUGCUUUAUCUAUUAGUGUAUCCUCAACGGCCAUUAUUGACAACAAGGACAAUUGAACUGGUUGGAUAUGACAAGCUUGGGGCAGGGCAGAAUGCAACUGUUGCUGUAAUGAGUUAUACUGGCUAUGACAUAGAGGAUGCAAUUGUCAUGAACAAAUCAUCUCUUGAUCGUGGAUUUGGACGUUGUAUUGUGAUGAAAAAGUAUUCUGCUAUUAAUCAGAAGUAUGAAAAUAAGACCUCAGACAGAAUAGUUAGGCCCAGAAGAUCAGGUCUUGAUGCAGAAAGGAUGCAGAUUUUGGAUGAUGAUGGGCUUGCAGCUCCUGGGGAGAUCAUUAGAAAAGGUGAUAUAUAUGUCAAUAGAGAGUCCCCGGUCAUUACAAGAGGGGAGACAAUUUCUCCAAUGGGUUUACCAGAUAGUGCAUAUAAACCCAGCAGACAAACAUUCAAGGGUGCUGAAGGGCAGACAUGUGUCGUGGAUCGAGUUGCUUUGUGCUCUGAUAGGAAUAGUAAUUUGUGCAUUAAAUUUUUAAUUCGUGAAACUCGCAGACCAGAGCUUGGAGACAAAUUUAGUAGCAGACAUGGACAGAAAGGUGUUUGUGGGACCAUUAUCCAACAGGAAGAUUUCCCAUUUUCUGAACGAGGGAUUUGCCCUGAUUUGAUUAUGAAUCCUCAUGGAUUUCCAAGUCGUAUGACAGUUGGCAAGAUGAUAGAGCUUCUUGGUGGCAAAGCUGGAGUUUCUAGUGGUAGGUUUCAUUAUGGAAGUGCUUUUGGGGAGCCAAGUGGUCAUGCAGAUAGAGUUGAAACCAUAAGCAAAACACUUGUUGAGCAUGGAUUUAGCUAUAAUGGCAAGGAUUUCAUUUAUUCAGGUAUCACAGGCUCUCCGCUGCAAGCAUAUAUUUUCAUGGGUCCAAUUUACUACCAAAAACUAAAGCAUAUGGUUCUAGAUAAAAUGCAUGCUCGAGCUAGUGGACCUCACACUUUACUAACCAGGCAGCCUACCGAAGGAAGAGCUCGGAAUGGAGGAUUACGAGUUGGUGAAAUGGAACGUGAUUGCUUAAUUGCGUAUGGUGCUAGCAUGUUGGCGCUUGAGCGCUUAAUGAUCUCUAGUGAUCCUUUUGAGGUUCAGGUUUGCAGAGAGUGUGGUUUGUUAGGAUACUAUAACCAUAAGCUGAAAACUGGCAUUUGUUCCUUGUGCAAGAAUGGAAAUAAUAUUUCUACCAUGAAACUACCAUAUGCAUGCAAGCUUCUACUCCAGGAACUCCAAUCCAUGAAUAUUGUCCCUCGCUUGAAGUUAACUGAGGCAUGACCUAAUGCUCAUGUUUAGCUAUUCUUUUCUAUGGUGGGAUAAUAUGGAACUGCCUCAUGAGCUUGGCAUGCUAAUAUUCCCUCCAAACCAUUCUUUUUGGUUCCCAAAUUUCUAUUUGAACUGCUAGUGUUGCAGCAAAAAAAUUUUGCCCCAAUGAAUUGCAGAAACAGCCUCAAGUUUUAGCCAACUGGGGCCUUGUAUAUUCGUUUUUUAGGUAUAAGGAAUGUAAUAUGAGAGAGAGAGUGGUUUUGGCAUUCACUUCAUACGAAUAAAAUUGUUUCUUAAUCAGUGAUGGCUUUUGAAAUAAGUUGGCAGGAAUGAUCCCAAUGAAUGAUUUUAAUCC